AAAAAAAUGCAGUCGCAUGUAUGUACUCCCGUCUGCAUAUACGGGGCUUCCGUUCAAUGGCCUCCGCAGUCGGACUUCAAUCCAUCAAUCCUUAUUGUGGCAGAUAAACUGAAAGACGCCCAUUCGGCACCCAUCGGUCAGUUUUCAAUGCAGUGGAACCAACUCAAUGCAGUUUCCAAUGUCAAAGGUAUUGUACAUAUGUGUACGAGGAAAGCAACCGGUCUGAUUGACGUUUUUGCCAUCAAGAUGUCUGAAGGGCACAAGUCUGUCCCAUAUCCAACUACAUAACGCCGCCGCCUACUUGCUGACGCAAUCAAUCCCACACCCUUGAGCAACCGAUACCGUUGUUAUGAUUUGCUCGAGUCAACGGUGCGGUGGUCCUUCCGCAGACCUCCAUCAUCGUCGCAUCUCCAUCCUCUAUGCGUUACCUUCCAUCCUCUGUCACUGUACGCCGUAUGUGUCUAUGAUUUCGCUGACGGUACUAACCUGUGCUAUAUCCGACGGAACGAUGUUAGGCGGAAUGUUCGAGCGAGAUGGUUCAUACCUUCAAAAUAUCCCAUAUCGGCCCUUGCGUAUCGAUCAAACGAUGGACAUGGUAACAUUGAUUCGUCUGUCCACUCCAGAUCCACCCAUCCUAAUCCCCGCCCCCUCCUCUUCGCCCAACUCAAAACAUCUAAAUAUCUUUCAUUCCUUUAUUCCUUGGCGUUCUCGCACCGAUCUGGCUUGCCAAAUCCAGCCACCUUCAGCGUACGCAGCACACCCUCCUCGUCGAUAUACCUUGCGGCGCUCUUUGUUCACAAUCUCACCGUUGCGCUUGCUGAGCUUGUAGCACGAGCCCAUCGGAGAAUGAAAGGGAAUGCAGGGUUGCUUUUUGCCACGAGGAAUUGCGUAAUCUUCGUAUCCUCGAACUCGUUGCUCCCUCCGAUUAUCUAUCCAUGUGGUGACCACUCGGACCC